AGCGACGACCCCACCGUAUCCCACACCUCGCUCACCUCACUGCCCUCGCUUUCGUCCCCCGCAUCCGCACCUCGUCCUUCGCCAAUUCGCCAUGCCGUCGCUCGCCACGGCCGCGGCCGCGGGAGCGGGAGCGCCUCUCCGCCGCGGCCCGUGCGCACCACGCCGCCAAUCCGCGCACGCCUCCUCCUCCUCCUCCUCCUCCCUCCCCUCCCCCGCGCUCGCCACGUCCACGCGCUUCGCCGCCACCGCCCCCAUCCUGCGGCUCGUCCAACGAAGGCCAAGAGCGCCUCUGACGGCGGCAAGAGCGGCGAGCCCCGACGCCGCCACGGGGGCGCGAUCGCCCUCCUCCGGCGGCCAGAUGCUGGUGUUCGUGCCGCCGCACCCGCUGAUAAAGCACUGGGUCUCCGUCCUGCGCAACGAGCAGACGCCCUGCGCCAUCUUCAAGAGUGCCAUGGCGGAGCUUGGUCGGUUGCUUAUAUAUGAAGCUUCCAGAGAUUGGCUGCCAACAAUCACAGGAGAGAUCCAAACACCUGUAGCUGUUUCAAGUGUUGAAUUUAUUGACCCAAGAGAGCCUGUCAUGGUUGUUCCGAUACUAAGAGCUGGUCUUGCUAUGGCUGAAAAUGCUUCAUCAGUUCUACCAGCCACCAAGACUUAUCACCUUGGCCUGCGUAGGGAUGAAGAAACACUUCAACCUUCGAUAUAUCUGAACAACUUGCCAGACAAGAUUCCAGAGGGGACUCGUGUGCUAGUUGUUGAUCCAAUGCUGGCCACUGGUGGGACAAUUGUUGCUGCUAUUGACUUGUUGGUUGAACGUGGAGUUACAAGCAAGCAGAUUAAAGUCGUUUCUGCUGUUGCAGCGCCUCCUGCGCUUCAAAAGCUCAGCAACAAAUUCCCUGGGCUUCAUGUGUACACGGGAACAAUUGAUUCUGAAGUUGAUGAGAGAGGGUUCAUAGUUCCGGGGUUGGGAGAUGCCGGCGAUAGAAGCUUCGCGACUUAACUAUGCUAAUUAUCGCAGCUGCUGUUCUACCUCCACGAGAGGGAUUGGCGUAAGCUGAAAUUUCCGAGGAUUCGAGCGCUUUUGACUUGGGAGUCAGGAACAGUCGAGUUCACGUUCACCUGUAGAUUGCCUCGUUCGAGAUUCUCCCUUCGGAACUUAUCGUUUUGUAAUUAUCCAUUUUGUGUUGUCAUGUUGAAUAUAGGAUUAGUUCACGUCCAUCCACGUUUACAAUUUGUUGGGAAUAUGCAUGUUUAAUGUUUUCAAUUAUAUCUUACAGAUUUCUUGAUACUCCAUGGGAAAAAAUGUUGACGAUGCCUUUUCCAAUCAGAGUAAUAAAGCAAUGUGCAAGGCAGUA